CUCAGAGAAGGCUUCAGCCCAGAGCUCCGCGCGCGGCCCUGCGCCCCGGCACGGCCCCCAGGUGGGUUUCGUGGAUUGUUGCUCUCAGCGCCGGUCCCACUGUCCCCGCGGUCUGCCGCGAUCAGGUCCUCAUUCUUCUCAGUCCCCAGGGCGGGGCGGCCAAGCCAGUCUCCAGGAUUCUCUCCUUUCCUUUUCGCUCCCCCUUCAAGGCAGCUGCAGUCCUCCGCGCACUGGGCCGCUGGCCUGCAGGUGAGCUCACCUACCCCGGCCCGUGCGCGACCGGCUGCGGUCCCCCCCGCCCCAACGCUGCCUUUCCCCUGCAGGAUGAAGAACCCGAUGCUGGAGGCGCUGUCCCAAUUGCUGGAGAAGCUGCUCCUCAUCUCCAACUUUAAGCUCUUCAGUUCGGGCACCCCGGCCGAAGACAAGGCGAGGAAUAAUUUCUAUGAGAUCAGCUCUUUCCUCCGCGGCGACGUGCUGGAAGUGCCCCGGACCCACCUGACCCACUACGGCAUCUACCUGGGCGACAACCGUGUUGCCCACAUGAUGCCCGACAUCCUUUUGGCCCUGACCAGCGACAAGGGGCGCACGCAGAAGGUGGUCUCCAAUAAGCGUCUCAUCCUGGGCGUCAUUGGCAGAGUAGCCAGCAUCCGCGUGGACACAGUGGAGGACUUCGCCUACGGAGCCGACAUCCUAGUCAAUCACCUGGACAAGUCCCUCAAGAAGAAGGCGCUGCUCAACGAAGAGGUGGCGCAGAGGGCCGAGAAGCUGCUGGGCAUGACUCCCUACAGCCUACUUUGGAACAACUGUGAGCACUUCGUAACCUACUGCAGAUUCGGCACCCCGAUCAGCCCCCAGGCGGACAAGUCUGGGAAACUGAGGCUAAGUGGAUUCAACGUUCAUGACCCUGAAGUCAGCGAUGUAGUAUCAGGACUCAAGCCUUGGUAUUUUUACCCUAAAUUCUGUAUCAUAUCCCAUCACCCUCAUUGUGGGCAACCAGGAAUUGCAACCAUGAAUGAAGAAAACAUAGAUGGAACAAAUGGAUGCAGUAAAGUCAGAACUGGUACUCAGAAUGAAGCGGCAUUACUUGCUUUGAUGGAAAAGACUGGUUACAACAUGGUACAGGAAAAUGGGCAAAGGAAAUUUGGUGGUCCUCCUCCAGGUUGGGAAGGUCCCCCUCCACCUAGAGGCUGUGAAGUUUUUGUAGGAAAAAUACCUCGUGAUAUGUAUGAAGAUGAGUUAGUUCCUGUAUUUGAAAGAGCUGGGAAGAUAUAUGAAUUUCGACUUAUGAUGGAAUUUAGUGGUGAAAAUCGAGGGUAUGCUUUUGUGAUGUACACUACAAAAGAAGAGGCCCAAUUAGCCAUCAGAAUUCUUAAUAAUUAUGAAAUUCGACCGGGAAAGUUUAUUGGUGUGUGUGUAAGCUUGGAUAAUUGCAGAUUAUUUAUUGGAGCUAUUCCUAAGGAAAAGAAGAAAGAAGAAAUUUUGGAUGAAAUGAAGAAAGUUACAGAAGGAGUUGUAGAUGUCAUUGUUUAUCCAAGUGCAACAGAUAAGACCAAAAAUCGUGGUUUUGCAUUUGUUGAAUAUGAAUCUCACAGAGCUGCUGCCAUGGCUAGGAGAAAACUAAUCCCAGGUACAUUCCAACUAUGGGGCCAUACCAUUCAGGUAGAUUGGGCUGACCCAGAGAAAGAGGUUGAUGAGGAAACCAUGCAGAGAGUUAAAGUUCUCUAUGUAAGAAAUUUAAUGAUCUCAACUACAGAGGAAACUAUUAAAGCAGAAUUCAACAAAUUCAAACCUGGUGCAGUUGAACGAGUAAAGAAACUUAGAGAUUAUGCUUUUGUUCACUUUUUCAACCGAGAAGAUGCAGUGGCUGCUAUGUCAGUUAUGAAUGGAAAAUGCAUUGAUGGAGCAAGUAUUGAGGUAACAUUGGCAAAACCAGUAAAUAAAGAAAACACUUGGAGACAGCAUCUUAAUGGUCAGAUUAGCCCUAAUUCUGAAAAUCUGAUUGUGUUUGCUAACAAGGAAGAGAGCCAUCCAAAAACUCUAGGCAAACCACCAACUCUUCCAGCUCGUCUCAAUGGUCAACAUAGCCCAAGCCCCCCUGAAAUUGAAAGAUGCACUUAUCCAUUUUUUCCGGGAACAAAGCUUACUCCAAUUAGUAUGUAUUCUUUAAAAUCUAAUCAUUUCAAUUCUGCAGUAAUGCAUUUGGAUUAUUACUGCAACAAAAAUAAUUGGGCACCACCAGAAUAUUAUUUAUAUUCAACAACAAGUCAAGAUGGGAAGGUACUCUUGGUAUAUAAAAUUGUUAUUCCUGCUAUUGCAAAUGGAUCCCAGAGUUACUUUAUGCCAGACAAACUCUGUACUACGUUAGAAGAUGCAAAGGAACUGGCAGCCCAGUUUACAUUACUUCAUUUGGACAGGGAACACAAUCUCUUCAGCCUGGACCUAUGUAGAAGAAUUUGGAGAAAAUAAACAGGUCCUUACUGAUGUUGCUUGACCUUAUUCUCCUGCAGUUGAUCACAUUCCUGUUGGCUAAUAUUAAGUCCCAUGACAACAUUAAGUUAAUGCUUAUAUGUUUUAGGCCUCAUCUAUAAGACCAGGAAAAUACAGAAAAAACUUGACUUGUGCAUUAGAUUACCUUAUUCCUUUUUUUUCAUUCCUAGAAACACCAUAACUUUUAUAAAUAAUCAUUUUAUAGUCAUUGUUAGGCCCUUGGCUUAUUCUACCCUAAAGAACAUAGUUGAGUUUUUGGAAAGUACAGGAUUUACAAAUUUGGUCUUUAAUAUUCAUACACACACAAAAACAUAACAAUGAAGCAGGAAAUUAUUGGCGCAUAAGAUGAAUGUUUAUUGUGGAAUAGUAAUACUUCAAAUAUAACUGGUUUUUAAAAAAUAAUUUGGUUUUAAUUUUUGGAUUUUUCUAUACUAUAAGUUGAUAAUGGUUUCUUGAAGUUUAUUUUAUAAACAUGAUUCAUUUUACUGUUUUAUGGUACAAGUAGGAACGCUAAUGUUAAAUUGGUAUAUUGAGUUAUACAGAAGUUUAUAUUAGUAUUUAAAUAAUGAAAUAUUGGACAGUUAGCUUACACCAAAUGUUUUUGCAGCCCAGGGGAGAAUGUUUCUGCUGGCUUGAUGCCAAAUACAGUUUCAAAAAAAAUAAGCAAAUAUGAAUUCGCUGGUUUUUAAUCUUUUCUUCAUGGACUACCCUUUAGCAUCAGAACCAAAUUUAAAAGGAGCUGCAUUGUAGAACAAGGGAAAUCAGAGGUUCUCUUUUUUCUCUGAUCAAACCCACAAAACAAUGAAUAGAUAUACAAGUAAAAGAUAUCCAAGAAUGCAUUCUAGUAAGAUCUCUGAAGUUUUGUGCCAGUGAAAGAAACUUGUGUCAGUGAAAGAAACUUCUAGUAAAAAACCAUUAGAAUUUGCAAUGCUCUGAAUGUUGAAACAGUCUUUACCAGCAAAAUAGUAUUAGCAGGAUUUUGAAUGUUACAACAUUAUGUCAAACUGUGAUUAUAGUUUUAAUGCUUUGUCUCUUUGAAUUAAAUUUGCAUCCAUAAAGAUGUGCAGCAUAAUUGUUCAUGUAUUUAUUUACAGACUACAAUUUUCGUCGCAGCUCAAUAAAUAGUCUUUCCCCUGUUAGUGCUACUUUCUCUUCUGGGACUCCCAGCGUGCUUCCUUAUACUUCAAGGCCUUAUUCUUAUCCAAGCUAUCCCUUGUCACCAACAAUAUCACUUGCUAAUGGCAGCCAUGUUGGACAGCGACUGUAUAUCUCCAAUCAGGCCUCAUUCUUCUGAAGAAGAUACUGUAAACAUGAGUACGAAAGUUUCUUUGUAAAGCAUGCAAAUUAAAAUACUGUUUUAUUUUAGAAUCGGGUUUGCACAUUUGGUUUUAAAAUGAUAAAUAUAUAUUUAUUUCAACAUAGUAAACAUCAACCAUAAUUUGGAAUAACCUACAAUUGCAGAACUUGUAAAAAUGCUAAGUUUAAAAAGUUAUUCAGUGGUUUCUCUUGAUAAAGGUAUAGCAAACUACUCUUCUUUUUAAACUUUUGGGAUUUUAAAUACUUCUAAUUCCUGAGUGGGCAGUAGAACCCAAUAGUUUAUGUUAAAUUUUUGCAUAAUAGCUUUGCCAAGUAGCAUUUCACAAAUAUUUAAGCACUUGCAGACAAUGGUAACACUACAUUUGAUUACCAAGGAUCACUAUCUGUAUUAGAGAUUGUAACAGUUAUAUAACCAGAAGCAGCUAACUAUUAUGUAGAAAGAAAUGAAGGGCAAAAAUUAAGAUACAAAUCUUUUGCAGUACUAAAGGAAAAGCAGUCUACCAAUGUGGUCCUUGAAAAUAACUAUAAAUAUUUUAGU